AGCUGUGACUCAUAAAGCCAAACCGAUUGGAAUGCCCAGGAUAGGUGGUCCGUUCGAACUCACAGAUUGUGCUACAGGGAAGACUGUUACGGAUAAGGACUUCCAUGGUAAAUGGUUGCUGAUAUACUUUGGUUUCACAUUUUGUCCAGAUGUUUGUCCAGAUGAGCUCUACAAGAUUGCAGAUAUUUGCAACAUGCUGGAGGGCACAACACUGAUAGGAGAGAAGUUAGUCCCGAUUUUCAUCUCCAUCGAUCCUAAACGUGAUACCCCGGAAGUUGUCAAAGAAUAUGUAUCAGAGUUCCACCCUCGAAUGGUUGGUUUGACUGGUGCCAAGGAGAAGACCGAUGCCAUCGCUAAAUCUUACCGAGUGCAUACUAGUGAGGGUCCGCCAAUGGAUGAUGAUCCCAACGAUUACAUCGUGGACCACUCGAUCAUCACGUACCUGGUCGACCCACAGGGUGUAUUCCAGGCGUUCUACGGCCAAAAUAGUACUGCUAUGGAGGUGGGCAAUGAUAUCGUGAAAUAUGUGCGGAACUGGACUCCUCGAAGUGAUGAACAGCUCGCUCAACGAAUUUAAAGAGGCGCUCUGUGCUACCUGCGAAACCGGCUUAAUUUAGUUAGUGCCAGCGAAAGCAUAAAUUCUGAUGUUGGAGUAGUAGCAAAUAGGGUUUGAAGUUCAAUUACACAACGUAAUCUCAGAACGUG